CGUUAGGACUCGUUAGGAGUCUGACUGAGAGAGAGAGAGAGUUAUUAUUAUUCUAGUGUCUCUCCACCAACAAAGAGUUAAUGUUGACUUUUUUACAGUCACUCAUUAAUGUCCAGCUGUCUAAAACCUGUCGCUCCUCGCUGUGUCCACACUCGUCUGUCCACACUCGUCUGUCCACCCGUCUAUCCACCCGUCUGUCCACUUGUCUGUCCACCCGUCUAUCCACCCGUCUGUCUGACACACUGUUAUUUCUGAUGGAACUGAAGCUGAAAACCUGGAAACAUUAGAAAUCAGUUUUUAUUGUUGAUUUUAUUAUUAAAUGGACUUCUGUGCUGCUGGACUGUAACAUCAGAAUAAAGAGAGAGAUGGGCUUCAGUGAGCUGCUGGAGGAGGUGGGCGGGUUCGGCAGGUACCAGUGGAUCCACGUGACCCUCAUCAGUCUACCUGGUCUCAUGAUGGCCAGUCAGAACCUGCUCAACAACUUCGUGUCAGGAAGCCCCGCCCACCACUGCCGCCUGCCAGCCAAUCACAGCAACCUGCUGCUCAACCUGUCUCACUACCAGGUGGAGCGGGAGCAGCUGUUGAAGGUUUUCAUCCCGAUGGAUUCUUCAGGAAGUAGACUGGACCGCUGUCGCAGGUACGUGGAGCCUCAGUGGCAGCUGUUAGCCAAUCAGAGCUCAGCUAACGGCAGUGAGCCGCAGACUGAAGAAUGUUUGGACGGCUGGACGUUCGACAGGAGUGAGUUCCUGUCUACUACUGUCUCUGAGUGGGGGCUGGUGUGUUCAAUGCGUCCCCUGAAACAGAUGAUCCAGACCAUCUAUAUGGGCGGAGUUCUGACGGGCGCCAUCGUCUACGGCGGCCUGUCCGACAGGUUCGGGAGGCGGUCUGUCCUUAUUUGGUCGUACCUGCAGCUGGGCAUCCUGGGCUGUAGCUCCGCCCUCUCGCCGUCAUACACCGCCUACUGCGUCAUCAGGUUCCUGAGCGGGAUGGCGGUGUCCGGGGUCAUCCUGAACGGAGUCUCACUGAAGGUGGAGUGGAUCCCGACCAGAGAGAGGACGUUGGUGGGGACUCUGACGUCGUUCUUCUUCACCUUUGGUCAGAUGGUUCUGGCGGGGCUUGCCUAUUGGCUGAGAGACUGGAGGAAGCUGCAGGUGGUCGUCUGCGCGCCGCAGUUUCUCUUCUUCGCCUACAGCUGGUGGUACUCAGAGUCUGCUCGCUGGUUGGUUCUGAACCGUCGGUCUGAAGACGCCCUGAAGAGUCUCCACCGAGUCGCUCGAGUCAACGGGAAACCUGAGGUCAUCGACAGGUUAACACUGGAGGUGCUCCACUCUCAGAUGAGUAAGGAGAUGGAGUCGAGUGGUUCGUCUCUGACGGCGUACGACCUGCUGAGGACUAGAGGGAUGAGACGGAUCUCCGUCUGUCUGGUGGCCGUCUGGUUCUCCACCAGUUUUGCGUACUACGGUUUGACCAUGGAUCUGCAGAAGUUCGGGGUGAGUAUCUACCUGAUGCAGAUCAUCUUUGGAGCUGUUGAUUUUCCCGCUAAACUGAUGGCUCUGGGCAUGCUCAGUUAUCUGGGGAGGCGGGUCUCUCAGGCCACCUGUCUCUUCCUGUCAGCGCUCAUCAUCUUCGCUAACAUCUUCGUCCCCACAGACAUGCAGACCAUCAGGACCACGCUGGCGUGUCUGGGUAAAGGCUUCACCUCUGCCUCCUUCACCACCGUCUACCUGUACACCGGGGAGCUCUACCCCACCGUCAUCAGGCAGACAGGAAUGGGCUUUGUGUCCACCAUGGCGAGGAUCGGCAGCAUGGCAGCGCCCGCCGUCCUGAUCCUUGACGAGGUGCUCCCUGCUCUGCCCAGCGUGGUGUACGGCAGCGCUGCCGUGCUCGCUGCCGGCUUCGCCUGCUUCCUGCCGGAGACGCUGAAUAUCCCGCUGCCCGAAACCAUCGACGACGUGGAGGAGAAGUGGUCUGGGAGAAUCCCCGCCCCCCGGCAGGAAGAGGGCGUGGCUUUAAAGGAAGGCGUGGUCUCAACAGAGGGCGUGGCUUUAAAAGAUCUUAAGGAAGCAGAAGGGACCGGACUCAACGCCCUCUGACCAAUCAGACGGCUGGACUGAACCUCGACCAAGCAGACGGCUGGACUGAACCUCGACCAAUCAGUGUUGAAUAAAUGAAGCUGAAGUUUCUAUAAAUGUUUUACUGAGAGAAAUGACUCAUAAAGGUUUAUUUAAAUCAAUUAUAUUUUAUAUUAAUAUGUUACAUUAUAUAAAUAUAUUAUU